AUGAUUUUUGAGAGGGAUGAACAGCUUAGAGAUCAUGUUGAAUAUACCGCUGGUUUUGCAUCCAGGCUUAUGGGGGUGAAGGCCUUGGUGCUUGAUGAAGCUGAUCAUUUACUAGACAUGGGAUUUCGCAAAGAUAUUGAGAAGAUAAUCGCUGCAAUCCCUAAACAACGACAGACACUUAUGUUUUCUGCAACAAUUCCCGACGAGGUGCGCCAAGUCUGCCAUAUUGCUAUGAAAAGGGAUUUUGAAUAUAUUAAUACAGUUCAGGAGGGUAGUGAGGAUACACAUUCACAGGUCCGCCAAAUGCAUUUAGUUGCACCAUUAGACAAGCAUUUCCCUUUACUCUAUGUUAUUCUGAAGGAGCACAUUGCAGAUGAUGUUGACUACAAGGUUCUUGUUUUCUGCACAACCGCUAUGGUCACAAGACUUAUUGCUGAUCUCCUUGGGGAGUUGAACUUGAAUGUGAGAGAAAUCCAUUCAAGAAAGCCUCAGAGUUAUAGAACCAGAGUUUCUGAUGAAUUCCAGAAGUCAAAGGGUCUCAUCUUGGUUACUUCGGAUGUAUCUGCACGUGGAGUUGAUUAUCCAGAUGUUACUCUUGUUGUACAGGUUGGUCUACCGGCUGAUAGAGAACAAUAUAUACAUCGACUAGGUAGAACGGGGCGAAGAGGAAAAGAAGGGCAGGGCAUACUGCUACUAGCUCCUUGGGAAGAGUUCUUUUUAGCUACUGCAAAAGAUUUACCUAUUGGGAAAGCUCCGGUCCCUUCAGUUGAUCCUGACACUAAGAAAAAGGUGGAAAGGGCUCUAUCCAAUGUGGAGAUGAAAAAUAAAGAAGCAGCAUAUCAGGCAUGGCUUGGUUACUACAACUCUAACAAGAAAGUGGGGAAAGAUAAGUAUAGGUUAGUGGAGCUUGCAAAUGAGUUCAGUCGAUGCAUGGGGCUUGAUAGCCCUCCAGCUAUUCCUAAGCUUGUCCUUGGCAAGAUGGGUCUUAAAAAUAUCCCUGGUUUACGUUCCAAAUAGGUUUCCAUUCAAUUUCUGAUAACAGUCUUGUGAAAGAGAGAAAUGUUCUUGAAUUGAAAUGCCCCCACUUAUAGUUUGAUUUUAAGACUUGAAACUUCUAAAUUUCAACUAUCAUAGUAAUUUUUUCUGUAUAUUUUGUACUUCUAGAUGAAUUAUCAUUUAACAAGUACUGCAGAAACUUCAGUGCCA